GGCCGAAACGAAAUAUUCGUUCCGAUUUUUAUGCCCUAUCUAUCUAUCUACCAAAAGAGUGUUCCUAUUCCUUCAUUCCAUCUCUCAAAUUCCAUUACAACCCCUUUAUCCCAGUGAUGAUCCACCCCAAGUCCGUCCGAUGCAGCCCGUUGUCCACCCCAAUGUCCAAUCCAUUAAUCUUCCCAAUUUCCCUUCCAUCCAUCCAUCCCAAUUCCCAACCCCAAUUUCCAUCUCAAUGCCCGACCCAGCCCCUCCCAAUUACCCUUCAUGGUUCCCAUCCAGCCCUCCAAUCCCAGUCCAACCCAGUCUUUCAAGAUGCUGAAGGACCGACAAGAGACCUAAUUUACGCGACACUGCACAUCAAGCAAAAAGAAAGCGUGUCGGAGAAGAACACGGUUGCUAGAGCAGCAGUGUCGCUCAAAUUUCCCAGUUUUAUUGCCAGGCUGUGUUGCCUAUCGUAGUUGACAGGCAACCGAGAUACGUCAUACCCCUCGGCCUGCAGACACUCAAGAGAAUUGAUGAGGG